AUGGCUCAGGUCAGGUCAGUUUUGAUAGUAUGGCUAAACUGUUUGUCCAUUGAAGGCAUACAUUCCUCCAUCAAAUACUAUCCCAAUGUAACACUCAUUGACUGUGGUAUCGGUCGGGAGUCAGACAUUAUGAACGACCAGUGCUUUAGAUUUCAUACGAGUUAUGAUAUGAYSCGAAAUAUACAGUACGGACGCAAUAUUACCGACGGAGAGAUGCCAUUCUUGGUAUUCAUUCACUGCAAACUAUUUGAAAAACCAACAAAUAAUCAUUAUUGUACGGGUGUUAUACUAAAUAACUUUUGGAUACUGACUGCUGCCCACUGUGUUUACAAUAUCUUUAUAGAUCAUUAUUACGAUGAAAUGCGUGUCUAUCCGGGUGUUAAUGAUGUGUCACAUCUACCCGACUAUAGUCAAGUAGAGAUGGCGUUUGUGAACCCAAUUUGGGAAAGCAAUAAAUUAAUUGAUUCAACCAAUGAUUUGGCACUUAUUAAACUAUACAAACCACUAGAUCUGUUGUUGUCCGGCAGUGGUCAACACCAAUCAUCUCGCAAUGGCGGCCACAGUAUGUUGAAUGCGGUUUGUUUGCCGCCUGAAGGCAUCCGAAACGACAACAGAGAACUGGCAGUUAUUGGAGGAUAUGGAGCUAUUGGUGCAGACGAAGAUUUGAAAGGUAGACCUCGGAUGGGUUGGACUGUCAUUAAAACUGAUCAAGAAGUACAUGAUGACGACGAUGAUGGCGGUAACAAAAUAGUUAUCGAUAAAAAUGUUAAUGGAUCAGCACAGGGAUGCUUGGGUGAUUCUGGUGGACCAUUGGUUCAGUAUGUCAAUGGACGGGCAGUACUUAUUGGAAUAUUUGUUACAAUAACUGGCAAUUUGUCGGACAGUUUAUGUAUACCUAAUCAGUCAAUGUAUGCCAUUAUGUCAUACAUACGCAUUUCAAAGCAUAUUAAAUGGAUUGUUGAUAUUGUUAACAAUAAUUAG